AGCUACCUUCGAAGGAGAUGAGGUUGAGGAUUUUCUCAAUGCGUCGUCGUGUUGCCAGGAUGGUGCUUAGGAAGAGUUGCUUCAAUAUACUAUAUAGGCAUAAGAAGAAAAAUGGGACAAAAGAUUUGAAAGUCAAAUACAGACGAUUAAAGGCAGAUAUCGAAGAGAUUGGCAAGGAGCAAAAAAGCAUCAAAGAAGGACAAUCACAGGUUCGAGAGAAAUUUAAGGCAAUUGAAAUGGAAUGUCAAGUGCUAAAGAAAGAAACUGAACUCAUCAUCCAGCAAAGUGCGCUUACACGUCUUCGUCUGGCUCUCCUGUUUCAUAUACUCAAGGUACGAGAAGAAGGCGAUUUCGCUAAGGCCGCUCAGCUCUCUCAGUUGCUACGUGAAUUAAUAGCAAGGGAUAACAAGCAAUAGUCAGCGUGGAGGAACAGAUGAUUACCUGUUAAAGGUUCCCACCCCAUAGUCUUCAAGAGAACUAUCAACGGAUAAGUUGAGACGUUUAUUUGAUACGGAAAGCGACCAAUGGUGGAGUUAUUAAAAUUGGAAGUUUUUACAUUUCAUUAAGUAACCUAAAUUUCAGUACACGAUUUACGUGUAUUAGGAAAAAGUAAAUUUGGUAAUUUUGGAUACGGCACAAAAAGAUACAGGUUAAACAAGUUUGGGUUUAAUCUUAACAUGUUUCGUGUCUAAUCGUCGUGUCUUAAACGUGUCAAACACUAGUAACACGUUUAAUUAAUCAUGUUAAUCAUUUUUAAACUUGUUAUUGUAUUUAAACGUGUAUACUUGACACGCUUAUCAACUUGUUAAAAAUUAAUAAUUAAAGACUAUUUUAACUUUA